GCACUCUCCCUCUUUAGGAAGCGACGUCAGUAAUUCGCACGCGUAUCGGUUGCUCGCAACGAGUGCUCACGAUAUAGUUAAUGCCUCUCUUGUUGGCGGCUCUUGUCUUAUAUAUUUGUGGUAAUGGCGACGACGGGCUAUCGAGGGAGGGAAAUCAUCGAAAAGUAGUGUAGUCGGUCGUGACGAAUAGGACUUAAGUGGAGGGCACGAAAGCGACCGAAUAAAACCGAGGUCGCGAAUGUCGACGAGCGAGCCUCUUUCUCUCUCUUCGUUCAGUGCUCCGGUCCAGUGUAUGCACAGCGACCGGCCGGCGUGCAUGGUUGUGAUAAUGUUAUUGUAUUCUUUGAACUGAACAGUUUUUUAUGUUUCCCAUUACGUUAUGUUGAUUCCAUGGAUGACACAACGUGUUCACGACACAAAUUAGCUGCGAUUAAUCAAUGUGUUCCGUUCUGUGUUUCUGAAUGGCGUCAGGCCUCUGCGAAGGCUUGUUCGCUCCCAUUCUCAUCCAGAUCUCGACUCCGGUUACGCAGUCAUGGAGUUCGCGGUCUCGUCUCAGAGAGGAAUUGCCCGCGACUUGAUGUGCGUUUUUCGAUGUCGGUUAUUUAUUUCGCAUAACAGUUGUCGUGUAUUAUUAUAUGGCGGGAGACAAUGUUUUCUUGAAUCGAUAAAGGUAUACUGUCAAAAAAUCGGAAGAAAGGAAAGGAAAGCAUUAGAAAGAGAAACAGAGAGAGUGAGAAGAAAGAGGGAAAGGGAUAGGAAAGAGAGAGAUGGAAAAGGCGAUUGCUAAUGAAGCAAGACUAAGAUGACUGUGCAUAGUUCCGAGCACAAUCAUUAAAGAACGUAAAUUCCCUGUACAGGAUAGGCAUAGUGAAUAACAGCAGAAAGUGGGACAAAAAGCGGAAGUGGAAGAGUGCGUAUGAGUGUACAUGACAUAAUGUGAGAAGAAAAUUCAGGAAAAAGAAUAUAAGACAAGAACAUUCGACGAUCGAGAUAAAGUAGGGGAAAUACUCGUAGUGGAAAUAAAGAAGAAAGACACACGAAGCUGGCGACUCAAGCACGUAAGAGCAGCUCCCGCGGGACUCGGUCCCGACACCGGGCCAAUGGCGGUUCACUUUCCAGCCGCGGUAGCGCUACAAGGAUGCAAUGCGGCUUAUGCACUGUCGUUGCUGACCUGUUCCGUCGUGCCAUGUGCAUCGCGGAUAGUCGACGUGGCUCUGGAGAGUCUUGCUAUCAGGAGUUGGCUACAGAUGUGCCAGAACGGAGGCACUCGCAAGUAGAGGAACAUGUGACGACCACGCUUAUCAAAACAAACGAGAUCGUGGAGAAAGGGAAAGACAUCGCUCAAAUUCAAGAGUCAAUCGGAACGUGGUCAAUCUCAACGUGGUCAAUCGGGACCGUGGUCAAUAUCAACGUGGCCAAACGGGUGCCACUCGCUCAGAAACGAACAACGGAAGUAACAGUGAACAGCGAAGAAAAUGCAGUAUUUGUGCGUAUUUCUAAUAGCAGUGCAUUUAAUGCUGACACAUCACUACCAGAGGCACAUAAUGGGUUUGCAACGAGAGCAGAGUUCAAGCAUUUAUCAGAUGCGGAUCGAAUUACGCUGGAGAGUCUAGAUGUCAAUCGAUAUAGGCCCAGACAUACCGGGCGGUUUUUGACAAUGCACAAAAGACGACGUAAAAGACUUAUCACUAGGUCCCUAAAUCAAGAACCUGGUAUCUUGGAUGAUAUUUUCCAUGGACUAGUACAGUGCGUGUUACAAAAAGCUGGAAACUGGCAAUUUAAUGCGUUCACCCUUGAGACUGUCACCGGUGGUCGUUCACUGCCAGUAUUAUGCGUGCAUCUGUUUUAUUGGUACGGACUUUUACAACAUUUUAAUUUAGAUGUUGUAACAGUAUGGAAGUUAUUUGCUUUCAUCGAGGAAGGUUAUCAUGGCACAAAUCCUUACCAUAACAGUAUACAUGCGGCGGACGUCACUCAGGCAAUGCAUUGCUUCCUUCAAGAAAAAAAGAUUCAAAUACAUGUUACCAAGGUAGAAAUUAUGGCUUCCUUAAUAGCAGCUGUAACGCACGACCUAGAUCAUCCUGGUGUCAAUCAGCCGUUUCUGGUCGCGACAAGUAAUCAUUUAGCUGCACUUUAUAAGAACACUUCGGUUCUUGAAAAUCAUCAUUGGAGAUCAGCCAUUGGAUGCCUUUUAGAAAGUGGUGUAUCAGCACAAUUACAAGAAAAUAUAAGACUGGAACUUGAACGGCAUAUCAAGUCACUAAUUUUAGCGACAGAUAUUACAAGACAGCAAGAGUUUCUCACGCGUUUCAGGGAUUAUUUAGGCAACAAUUCUCUCGAAAUGAAGCGUGCUGAAGACCGUCAUUUUAUUUUACAAAUUGCGCUAAAAUGUGCUGACAUUUCUAACCCAUGUAGACCAUGGAACAUAUCUAGAAAAUGGUCUUACAAAGUUUGUGAAGAAUUCUUUAGGCAAGGCGAUUAUGAACGUCGUUUAAAUCUUCCUGUGACACCGUUAUGCGAUCGGCACAGUACUAGUAUUCCAAAAAUCCAGGCUGGCUUUUUUAAACACGUCGUUACUCCUCUCUAUGUAGAAUGGCAUCGUUUUCUCAGUGAUGGUCUCAGCGUGUCAUUAAUGGAAUAUUUAAAAGCGAAUCAAAAAAGAUGGGAAACUUUGCUUAGUCAAGAAGCGGUCGAAGAAACGGAAACUGAGAUAUCAAAGUUAAAUGAAAAUGAAGAUACCACUAGCUCAGGUGAAGAAACAUCCAUAAACAUCGAUGAAGAUUCAAGCAAUAUUGAUUUACUAAUAUCGACUGCUUUUACAGUGCAAACAACGCGAAUACAGACAUUUCCAGAUCAGAUUGGACUUAAUCGCGUUGACAGACGUCAUUCUAUACCUCUAAGCGUAUCAAAAUCAUUGACUCCACGUCAAGUUAUUAGGAGAGAAAGUUUGCCAAUUGAGAAAAUCAAGGCGAAGAAUGUUUUGUUGAAGCUAGAAGAGCAAAGUUUAUUAGAACCUAAUACUAUAUCUUUGUUGUCCUCUAAAAACAGUAUCGUUGAAUUGUCGAAUGCCAGUGUUUUCGAGAGACCGGUCAGCACAGAGAAUCUUUUGCCAGAAACAAGUAUAGCCAGCAUUACUAGCAAUACCGAAGCCUCACGAUUAAAUACAAUUCUGCAAUCAGAAAAUAAGCCCAACAUGCAAGCCAAACAACUCGCGCGGCAACAGACUUUCCCUCCGUUACAACCGUACGCAAGAAUUAGAUAUAUGUCCACGACAGCGGAAAUGACGCAGUGUUACAAAGAAAUUCUAAUGGAAGCUAAUAGUUCCUCCACUUACUCGACUCUCACGAAGGAUAAAUCAUGUUCAAGCGGCCAAUGCUGCUCGUUAUCGCCGUUGCCAUUAUCACCACAUGAUGAUACCACUUUGUACCACCAGAAGAAGUCUAAGGUCCUAAAAACCUCUAAAGAAUUAUUAACAGUAGAUAUGCCUACCAUAAAGCAAAAUCCAACUUCGUUAGACAUGAUUAAACUGAAAUGUAUUGUUAGUUCGGAACGCCGCCAUUCUAUGAAAACUAUUCAUACCGAUGACUUCAUUUCCACGCAUCAAUAUAAAAGACCUUGUUCUGCUCAAGAUUCCAAUUCCACGCAGAUAUUUUAUGCUUUAUUAACGAGUUCCCAUAGUGAUAGAAGCAACUAUAUUUCUGAUACGCCGGGAUAUAAAGAUUUAGAUCGUAAUGUUAAACAUAAAUAUUACGAUACAAAGUCAAUGCUUCAAGAACCACGGACUACGUCAUCAUGCAAAAAGUCAGAUCAAUGUAUUUUGGCUAAAAACAUAUGUUCUUCACAAGAAUCGCGAAGAUACUCAAUCCCUAUUAUGAAACAUAACACGAUAACGAUCAACAAUACAGGUAGAAGAUAUACCACAAUACCUGUAUCUUCUGAGUUUAAUAUACACAAAGUGUUCUUCAUUGGUAGUCCACCCGGUUCGCCAUCACGUAAUUAUGAUGUAUCCUCAUUAAAUGACAAUUGUAGCGAAUCAAGAAAGAGCAUCGAUGAUUCAAGCAACGAGAUUAUUGACAGUAAAAGAGAAUUGGAUUAUGCAAAGGAAAAGAGUUCAAAAAUUCUGCAGUUGAGUCCUGAUACACAGAUGAAAGAGAAUGUUGAUCCUCGUAAGACUGAUGACUUCAACAAAGCAAUAGCAUUGUUUCGUAGGAGCACUCAGGGAUUAACAAGAAGACGUGGUUCAGCUCCAGUUGGUCUUUUAUCCAAAGUGGAUGAUUGUAUUUCAACUUCUGUAUCUAUCAGAGUUGAUCAUAAUCGAAGACGCGGAUCUGUACCAGCUGAUAUUACCAAACACCAAGGUGGAAAUUGUAAUCGGUUUCCUUUAGGACCUCGAGGAGACAAUUUUGUGAUUUUAAGAAGAGCUAGUCUUCCACAAGAAACUGUGUUAGGAAAUCGUUUGGGAAAUAUUUUCACUAUGACUGACGAGAAUGAGAGUUUUUCAAUAAACAACAAUAAUAACAUUAACAAUACCAGCAAUAGCAAAAAUAAUGGUAUUAGCAAACUAUUCGAUAGCAUGGUUUCCAGGAUGCUUUCCAUAAGACGAGGAUCCGUACCAGCAGACAUGUCCGAACUACGUCAUGAACCAUUUAGUAGAAAUAAUGUAAACAACAAGACACGAAAUCGUAAAAAGAUUUUAAGAAGACGUAGUAGUGGAGGCCCGGAGAUGUUUAUCGGAAAAUCAAUUGAAGGAAAUGAUAAUAGUACAUGGUUUAAGUGUAAACGGGAAAUAGGAAAAUUCAAUCCUGUCCCCGAAACACUUGUCAAACGGAGAGGCUCUCUACCUAUAGAAAUGAUGACUGUUUCACAUGCUGUUCGGUACAAUCAUAGAUAAAGAAGAAUGAUUGAAUAUAAGCAGAUAAAAAUAUCUUUCCUAAAAGAAUCAUCCGUUUUCUCCCAUUAAUAUUUCCUUUUUAAUAAGAGAAAUGACCAAAAACUGUAACAGCUGUUUAAUCAUCUAGAACACUUCCUCAAGGAAAAGAUUAUAAUCAGUGAAUAUUGAUGUGUAUAUAUAUGUAUGCGUGCGUGUCCCCAUGUGCGUGUGCAUGAAUGAUCUUUCUCUCAACAGUUUUUAUACUACUUUUCGAAAGUUUUUGAUAUCCAAGAAAAAAUGUUUUCUCCAUAUUUUAUAUAAUACAAAAUAUUUGAUGGUCUGAUUAUAUUAGGUUGGGGAAAAAGUAAUUCGGAUACGGCGAUACAGCGUACUGUAAUGAUUUUCAACAACUUCUGUUUUGUUUCUUUGAGAUAACUAUCCUACAUUAAAAUUACAGCAAAACAAACCAUUACACCUGUCACCUAUGUAUGUUUAGUUCGAUUCGACAAGAUGCCAAAUAAAGUGCAUAUUCGUUCCUGUCUGCUUAAGUUUUUCAAUUUGCAAAAAACGCCAAAACCAGACGAUUGAUAUGUAAGCAAUGUGAAGAGAAUGCUGUAUCAGCUGAUAUAUGUGAGAGAUGGUUUAGGCGCAACAAAAGUAAACAUUUUGAGGAUAAAUCACGCCUUGGACGAUCAGUGGAAAUGGAAACAGGUUUUGGAGACGUUAUUGAAAGUAUGAAAGAAGAUACGGUAUAAUCAACACGUGAGCUUGCAAAACAACUUGAAGCAGAUCACAAGACUGUUGCAACUCGUUUGCAAACUGGGCAAGAUAAAUAAGGAAGAAAAGUGGGUGCCACGUGUGUUGUCCGAAUGUGUAAUUUUGGAUUGGUAUAACAUCUGUCUUCCGCUACUUUGCUGCGGAAUAAAAAGAGUUGUUUUGAAUCAUAUUGUGAUCAGUAGCGUAGUAAGGGGGGGGCGGAAGGGGCGGUCCGCCCCGGGCGCCGUCUUAGCAAGGGCGCCAAUUCAGCGGUUAUCGGUUGGUAUCACGUGACUUCGUUCACGCAGUCUUUAAUGUCUUUUACCAUUUAGUUUUAUAGUUUCUCUUUUACACUAGUUUUAGCGUUUUACAAUUGUUUAGAUCUUUAGGUAUUUUUAGAGUUUAAAUAACGAUAUUUUCAAGUAAUAUAUUCGCUUAUCUGUAGCUAUGCUACGAGCGAUUCCAUGAAAAGUGCAAGCGAAAGGACUUGAUGAAACGUUCAGCCACCAAAGUGUUGAUGCUCUCUUUUCUUCUCCGCGCUGCUCGAUUAUUUCGGAUCGUGCAGAGACAAGCAAAUCGCUUUAUGUUUUUACGAUCGAUGUCGCGUUUGGUUUGUUUCUUGCAUUUGUUAGUAUAACGCGCAGAUCCUCAGUAGUGGUUUGAUCUUUCAAGAGUAAAGUACUAAAACUCUAAGUCGAAGCGAAUUUUAUCGCUGUAUAGUGCACAUCCGCAACUUACGCUUCUAUAUUAGCGGUUAACGUUUUAUCAUCACUAGAUAAAGGAUUAAACUAAUAAGUAUUUAAAACGCUCGUUAUUUC